AUGAGUCUUUCUUUGGCUAGCGGCCUCUUGGUCAUUUCUACAGCCCUGGUCCACGCCGUAUCCCCUCAACUUGACUAUUCUAUCAACACCAAAAUUGCCCAGACCUUCAACCUGGCUCGUUUCCUGAAAGCCAACAGCACGGUCCUUCUGAACACCUAUCUGAGUAACCAAGGCAGUCCAUUUAGCGACCCUGGCUUCCGUGACCGAAGAGUCCAAUAUGAGGGGGUACCGACGGCGGCUAUCUCUUUCCUGAAAUGGCGGACCCUUAGUGACACUGAGCGCCUGGACAAAAAUUAUGCAGCCUACACUGUCCUGUCUGAGUUUAUGCAACUGGUCUGGGAUGACCAGUUUCGGAUCAGCGACACCAAAGUUGAGCUGCUGGAGAUGCUGAGAGCCACCCGGUUGCACAUCCAGGGCCUGCUCAGCAACCUGACCUCCAUCAUGUCUGCCUUGGGCGUGCCGCCCACCCCCGUGGUCGAUCUGCUCACGCCAGACAUUACUGAAGCCAAUGCCUUUGUGAAGAAGGUCCGGGGGUACGUGGUGUGCCACACCUACAGUCAGUGGAUGGAGCGGACCGUCCGAGACUUCACACUUCUUGUAGAGAAAUACCCAAGUUAA